UUGCGCGUCAUCUCGCCUUCCCAAAAUUUCCCCUUCUGCUGCAGCUCGUAUCCAAAACAUCUAUCUAUAGUGCGUUGUACGAGAGAGAGAACGAUGUUUAACUCGGUGAAUCUGGGCAACUUCUGCUCCCAGACUCGCAAAGACCGGACAUCCGAGUUUGGGGACAGGACGGGCUGCGCGUCUAACAUCUACCUCCCCAGCUGCACCUACUACGUCCCCGAGUUUUCUGCCGUCUCUUCGUUUCUUCCACAGGCCCCGUCCCGGCAAAUCAGCUAUCCUUAUUCCACAAACCUUUCUCAAGUGCAACCAGUACGAGAAGUUUCCUACGGCUUGGACCCUACCAGUAAAUGGCACCACAGAAGCAAUUACGCAUCGUGCUACUCGGGAGAAGACCUGGUGCAUAGGGACUGUCUUCCACAAUCCACCAUGACAGAAAUGCUUAUGAAGAACGAGAGUGUAUACAGCCACCACCACCAUCAUCACACCCACCCCGGCUCAAAUCACCCCUCCACUGGUUUUUAUUCCGGUGUAGGAAAAAAUAACGUCCUCCCGCAAGGUUUCGACCGCUUUUUUGAGACCGCGUACUGCGGCGCCACGGACAAUCAGUCAGACAAUUGUUUACAAAAAGGCGAGGGGGGAAAGCUGGAGAGUGACUCCCAACAGCAGCAACCCUCAAACUCUGUAGCCGGAGCCGCGGAGCAGGAAAAGGAGCAAGACGACGAGGAGGAGCACGCGAAUUCAGCCGGCUCUUGCACGUCUUCCGCCGCAGCAACCAAGGAUGGGAACCCCAACAAGAGCAGUCACUCGAGCGUUCCUCGGACAAGAAAGAAGCGGUGUCCAUAUUCCAAGUUUCAGAUCCGAGAACUUGAGCGAGAGUUCUUUUUUAAUGUUUACAUCAACAAAGAGAAAAGGCUCCAACUUUCACGAAUGCUGAACCUCACCGACCGCCAGGUUAAAAUCUGGUUUCAAAAUAGAAGAAUGAAAGAGAAGAAAUUAAGCAGGGAUCGCCUCCAGUAUUUUUCUGGAAACCCCCUUUUGUGAGUUGAACGUGUGAGCUCUUAUUAAAGACAUUAAGGCAUAUACUCCUCUCCCUUGAAUUGUAACCGUGGGCACAGCCAUUUUGUAAAGAAGCCCAUGCACCAUGUGUGCAUUGCAAGUGGACAGUUGGUGUCAUGCUUUAGGCCUGCAUGGGAUGAAAGCGCAUUUUCAUAAUUAUCCAGAAAGGUCUCUAGAAUAAUCACUUAGAAUGUGGCUCUUGAAGUUGUCUAUUCAUCAUGAUUAGUGUUUACUCUAUGUUCAUAUGGACAUAUUUGUAAAAUAUUCAAUGUAACCAAUAUUGUGCAUAUACCUCCCGCUAAUCUCCCUUUCCUCUUUGUAAAUAUAUGGAGUUAUUUUCAGACCAGUGUUAUGGCCGUUUUACUUGACGCAUUUUCUCAUUGAAAAAUGUGAUAUCCAAUAUGUGAAAAUAUAGCAAUCCACGCAACGUGCAUCUAUGUAAAUAGGCGUAUGUUCAAUUUUCUUUCCCAUUUUCACUGCUGCUACCCCCCUCCCCCCACCCCACCCCUUUCAAUGGCAGAGGGAGUCACAUCUCGUUGACCCAUAUACUCUAUGUAAUACAUAUGAAAUAAACAGAAACAUAUAGUAAAAUCA